GCAGCGUUCACAAUUCUCACCAAAAAGGUCAAAAUCCCUCUUUCUUCACUCAUCGCAAUCCUUCAGCUAAUGCUAAUGUUUGAGAUGAACUUCUCGUGACGAUGAUUCAACUGCACAGGAGCUUGUUCUCCACCACCACCACCACCGCCACUUCUCACUCUUCACCACCUCUACGUCAUUUCAUGUUGCAAUUCAGGGUGCUUCAGGCUUCCCCUAACUCUCACUUACCGCAUGCAACUUUAGCCAUUGGCAACAGUGUCCAAUGCCAAACCGUAAGGGUAAUAGCAAAGAGCCAUUCGCACAUUGGGCUAAGUUGCAUUAGCCAUGGUUCUUCUAGGUCCAUGGCAUCACUUAGGGGUUUUGCUUUUCCCUAUAUUGGGAAUGGCAUUGGAAGGAGUUUGAUUAGUGAUGGAGUUUUCCCCAAGAGGUUCUCCUCUGUCGUGGCGGAUAACAAACCGAAGAAAACUGCGAAAGCAAGAGGUUCUUGUGACUCUGCGUCUAAAGAUAUUAACAACGUGGCUUCUGGAAAAAGUUUGGGUAAAGAAAAGAAGGGAUCACUGGUAUCAACACCGCCUGCUGCAAGUGAUAAACAGGAUUCCAAAGUUACGGUGAAAAAAAAGCAGUCAAAAAGCAAGAAAAACAGCAAGGCUUCCGCGAGCAAUUCGUCGCAAGAGGUUGCUGGAGCUGAAGUUUCUAGAAAAUCUUCCAAAGGGAAGAAGAAAUCCGGUACUGCUAGUGAUGUUGCACCUAGCUCCUCGCAUAGCUUAAAGAAGAAUUCAGCUGGGAGUGCUACUGAAGAAAUACUGGAUAAUUCUGCUUCCACGGAGUGCCAGUUGAAGAAGAAAAGGGAAAACUCUGGUCAGGAAGAACAGGCGAAACCCCCAUGGAAAUUUACACAGAAGGCACUAUAUCCUCCUGCUGGAAAGUCUGUGCUGGUUGUGGAGUCUGUUACGAAGGCGAGGGUUAUUCAGAGAUACCUUGGUGAUAUGUAUGAGGUCUUGCCGAGCUAUGGUCAUGUAAGGGACUUGGCUGCAAGGUCUGGUUCGGUGCGACCUGAUGAUGAUUUUAGUAUGGUGUGGGAGGUUCCAUCGCCUGCCUGGACUCAUCUCAAGAGCAUCAAGGUUGCACUAAGCGGAGCAGAAAACCUAAUUCUUGCAUCUGAUCCUGAUCGUGAGGGAGAGGCUAUUGCUUGGCACAUCAUCGAGAUGUUACAACAACAGGGCUCUCUACACGAUAAUAUAUCCGUAGCAAGGGUUGUCUUUCAUGAAAUAACUGAACAAUCUAUAAAAGGUUCUCUGCAAGCACCAAGAGAGAUUGAUGUGAAUUUGGUUCAUGCUUACCUUGCACGGCGGGCUCUUGAUUAUUUGAUUGGGUUUAACAUUUCACCAUUACUAUGGAGGAAAUUACCAGGUUGCCAAUCAGCAGGGAGAGUUCAGUCUGCUGCUCUUUCUCUUAUAUGUGAUAGAGAAAUGGAAAUUGAUGAAUUUAAACCGAAGGAGCAUUGGACUGUGGAGGCCCAAUUUAAAAAAGAAGAGCAAGGAUCAAACGAGGACCUUAUUUUUCCUGCUCACUUGACCCAUUUUGAUUCACAGAAGUUGAAUCAGUUUUCAAUUACUUCUGAUACUGAGGCAAUGAAUAUUGAAAGCAAAAUAAACUCAGCAGAUUUUCAGGUUAUUAGCUUGAAAAGAAACAAAACUCGAAGAAAUCCUCCAACACCUUACAUAACAUCAACACUUCAGCAAGAUGCUGCAAACAAAUUGCAUUUUUCGGCAAGUCACACAAUGAAGCUUGCACAGAAACUAUAUGAGGGAGUUGAACUGUCUGAUGGUGUAGCAGCGGGUCUGAUAACAUAUAUCAGAACUGAUGGACUCCAUAUUUCUGAUGAAGCUGUUGCUAAUAUACGCUCCCUGAUCAUUGAAAGGUAUGGACAAGAUUUUGCCUUGCGAAGUCCACCGAAGUAUUUCAAAAAGGUGAAAAAUGCACAAGAGGCCCAUGAAGCCAUUAGACCGACUGACAUAAGGAAGUUACCAUCAAAGCUUGCUGGGGUACUAGAUGAAGAAUCCUUGAAGCUAUACACACUUAUUUGGUCACGAACAGUUUCAUGUCAGAUGGAACCAGCUAUCUUUGAGCAGAUACAAGUUGAUAUUGGAAAUGCUGAUGACUCUAUUAUGUUACGAUCUGCCAGCUCAAGGGUUGAUUUUCCUGGAUACCGAGCAGUUUUUAUGGACAUUGAUACUGAAGCCAUUCAAGACAAAGACGGUGAUGGAUCCAAUCGUGAUCAAGCUUUUGGGGUUCUAAAUUCUUUAAAGACAGGGGAUCUGUUACAUCUUGUUCAAACUGAAGUUAAUCAGCACCAUACUCAACCACCUCCACGUUACUCUGAAGCAUCAUUGGUUAAGAAGCUUGAGGAGCUUGGGAUUGGAAGACCUUCGACAUAUGCAACCACAUUAAAAGUUUUACAGGAUAGAAAUUAUGUGACAGUAAAAAGUCGUGUUCUUUCUCCAGAAUUUCGUGGUCGCAUGGUUUCAGCUUUUCUGUCACAUCAUUUUUCAGAGGUCACAGACUACAGUUUCACUGCCGACAUGGAAACUGAGCUUGAUAAUGUUUCUGCGGGAUUAACUGAGUGGAAAGGCCUCCUUAGAGAUUAUUGGACACGGUUUAAAUCAUAUUGUGAGCGUACUUCUAAUGUUCAUAUUCACCAGGUUGAGAAGAUGUUGGAAAAAAAAUUUGGGGAGUAUUUAUUUGCCUCUCUCCCAGAUCAGAGCCGGGUGUGUCCAAGUUGUAUGGAAGGCACACUGAUUUUUAAAGUAAGUAGAUUUGGUGCGGGCUACUUUAUAGGCUGUGAUCAACAUCCGAGGUGCAAGUACAUUGCCAAAACAUUAUAUGGUGCAGAGGAGGAGGAUGAUACACCUGAGCCAAGCUCUAGAAUAGAGGAACCAAAGCUCCUAGGUGUUAACAGUGGUUCAAAUGAAAAGGUUCUUUUAAAAAGUGGUCCUUAUGGAUUCUAUGUUCAGCUCGGAGAAGACAAGAAGGGAUAUGUACCUAAAAGAGCCUCUGUCUCUCAUAUCAAGGAUGUGAACUCUAUCACCCUUGAAGAUGCACUUGAGAUGUUACAAUACCCUUUGACAUUGGGUAACCAUCCCAAGGAUGGACAGCCUGUCAUAUUAAAGCUUGCAAGGGUUGGGUUUUCUGUUAGACAUCGACGCACAAUUGCUUCUGUUCCGAAGAACAUGAAGCCAAGUGAUGUCACCCUGGAAAAAGCCCUUGAACUUUUAUCAGGUGAUAAUGUGAGACGAAGUGGUCGGCCAAAAGGCAAACCUAAUAGAGUUGAAGAAGAAGCUGUUGAAGCUUUUUAAGUUUUGACCUCGAUAAACGGCAUGAGUGCAGAGUUUUGUUAUGAUUGGCUACAUUAAUAUCUUCCCUUUAACUACUAGCAAUGUUCAACGAUUGUCCAACCUAGAGUCUGCAACUCCCAGUACCAGACGAGCCCUGGAAGAUUCUUUUACGGAGCCAAAUGUAAAUGAAUUUUUCUGCAUGUCUUCUAUUUCGGGUAACUUACUGUCUAUAAUGUUUAGGCCAAUCUGAUAUUUAUUUUUUAUAGAAAUAUAAUUUAUUCUAUUUGACCAAAUCCUGAACGCUGAGAUUUUAAUAGGCCUAGGGGUUUAUAUUCUUUGGUCGUCUUGUAUAAUUUAAAGCUGAUCAAGGGAGUACAGCACAUUCACAUAUAGCUGUUUAAUUAUGUACUGUUAUA